UUUUUUAGCACGGCCCAGCCUCAGACCCACGCAGCUCCUGUCGAGUCACACCUGACGUAGGUGGCCCCAGAUAAAAGACUGGUACCUCACCCUGCAGAUGACAAACAACAUCUCAUCAUUGAAAACUCCACACUUGAGAAGUUAAAUCAUUUGUAUCAUAUAUUUGGUUGAAUUCGUUUAAAUAGCCAGAUUUGACCCAUCAAGAUGGUACUACCUUCAACUAACCUUUUGAGGAUUACACAAUGCAUCUUAAUAUUUGCCAUCUCAGGUUCCCUGUGGUCAGUCACUCCAGCAAGUAUGAGCACCACCCCAACAAAGAAAAUUGAAUACCAGUUGGGCAUAAAGAUCACCAACCGGGUCUUCAAUGACUCCCUAUUGAAUCCCAAUUCCGAGGACUACAAGAAACUGUAUGGCGAGGUCAGCCAACUGCUUGCUAAUGUCUACAAGUGUCCUACAUGCGGAACAGCAUCCAUUUAUGAGGGCAUUGCAACAAUGACUUUCAGAAAAGGAUCAGUGAUAGCAAACACUAUCCUAGUUUUCAACACAAACGCUAUCAAUGGAUUUGUGGUCAAGUGGAAAUUCCUGACUCAUAUCGAAGCCAAUCCUUCUGCCUCUCUCCAGAUAGAUACAAAUUAUAUUGAAUGUUCCCUGUCAGUGCCCUUCUCAGUCACUCCAGCAGGUAUGCGCACCACCCCCACAACAAAAACAGUCUUCCAGUUGGGCAUGAAGAUCACCAACCGGGUCUUCAAUGACUCCCUAUUGAAUCCCAAUUCCGAGGACUACAAGAAAAUGUAUGACGACGUCAGCCAACUGCUUGCUAAUGUCUACAAGUGUCCUGCAUGCGGAACAGCAUCCAUUUAUGAGGGCGUUGCAACAAUGACUUUCAGAAAAGGAUCAGUGAUAGCAAACACUAUCCUAGUUUUCAACACAAACGCUAUCAAUGGAUUUGUGGUCAAGUGGGAAUUCCUGACUCAUAUCGAAGCCAAUCCUUCUGCCUCUCUCCAGAUAGAUACAAAUUAUAUUGAAUGCAAAGUCUUGUCUGCAGAACAAGAUCUGACAAAGAUGAGCAACAAGCAAAGCCAAGUCACAGCCUCUGUAGAUACUGUAUAGUUUGUCAGGAAUAUAGCAUGUUAUAUAGGAUGAAAAUGACUGGAAUGAGUGAUUUCAUACGAUUGUAUUUAAUCCACAAAUUUUGUGCAUAAAUAUUGGGCAACCUUGCUAGUAUUUUUGUAUUGUGUCUGAUGUCAUCAUAUUUGACCCUGUUAUGAACACAACCAGUGUCAAACUGAUAUAUUUUUUCAGUCUGUUUUUGUCUGAUUUUUCAUUGGCACAAAUAUCUCAGAUGUUUAGCUUUGCAUCAUGUUCAACUGCUCAAUUGUAUAAUGCUGAAGAUGAAUGUUGAAUCAAAUAUGAAAAUCAAAGAGUUCCUUAAUUGGUCAGAUAUUUGAAUCGGGAGUUUACAGUAAUGAUGUAUAUAAGCCCUGGAUUGCUAAUUGCUAUGUAUUGGCCAUUGACAGGCUUUGAAGCCACCGGUCAGCCAUUUUGGCACUCCCCAGUAGGAGCAGUCCUUCACAAGAGUACAUUGAAUUCUACAGUAUUUCAAUUAAAUGUUUCAAGGACAAAAUGACAUGUAUUUAAAUAUUUGUUUAUUGUUGGGACAGUAACAGUCAUCUGAAAAAAACUAUACUUUAAGAAAACAUUUAUAUAUUAUUUUUUUGAUUUGUAUGUUUAGCUCACAUAAUACAAUGUAAAAGUGUGCAAUAGAAUAGAAUAAAUGUGGCAAAAACUAAUUUAUAAAUAAAAAAAUGCAUUUCAAUAGCUUCUAAAAUAAAAACAAUUACGGUGAGGGAGUGCCAAGAUGGAGGCAUGGUGGCUUCAAUAGAGGCCCCCAAACAGUAAUCUAGUGUAUAUAUAAAUCAUUGGCUAACAACAUGUGCAGUAAUAAUGUGACAUCCCUAGAAAUUGAAAUAGAUAAAGGUCUGAAUCCUAACUUGAUUUGAGUGCCCAUUGAUGUCAUCAAUGGAAGAUUUUGCUAUUCCAGCCUCACCCAUUACUGACUGGUGUGUAAAAUCGACCUCACAUCCACGCAAUCUCCAUAGUCAAACAUUGGCAGUAGAAUGUCCUUACUGAAGAGCUCAAAAACAGCUUCUAUCUCAAGGCCAUCAGACUGUUAAAUAGCCAUCACUAGCACCUUAGAGGCUGCUGCCCUAUAUACACAGACUUGAAAUCACUGUCCACUUUAUUAAUUGAAACACUAGUCACUUUAAUAAUGUUUACAUGUUUUGCACUACUCAUCUCAUAUGUACAAUUGAUAUAGAAAGGCACUACCCCCUUUCAAAAUGUUCACAUUUUGUUGUCUUACAGCCUGAAAUGAAAACACAUACAAAUCUGA